CCGAGAGAACUAUGAUGGUCUGUCCAGGCAGAUUGUUUCCACAAUUAGAGGGCUUCCUAUAGCUAUUGAGCUUCUGGGUUCAUUUCUGUACAGGAAAAACAUGCAAAAAUGGAAUGAGACGAUAGAAAAACUAGAGAAAGAGAAAGAGCCAGUGGAUUCCGUCCAACAAGUGUUGAUGACUAGCUACAAAGCUCUAGAUCAAGAGACAAAAGAUAUAUUUCUCGAUAUAGCUUGUUUCUUUAUAGGGAAGGACAAGAGAAUUCCCUUCUACAUGUGGGAGGACUGCGGUUUUAAUCCUAGUAGUGAUAUCGAGAGGCUGCUUCUCAUGUCCCUGGUGAGAAUCGAAGAGAAUAACAAGCUCUCGGUGUAUGAUCUAUUAAGAGACCUAGGUCGAACAAUUGUCUACGAGGAAGACCCCAUGAACCCUGGAAGGCGCAGCAGGCUAUGGGAUAAUGAGCAAGCCCUCAAUACCUUAAAGAGAAAAGAGAAAAGGAGAAAGGUUCAAGCCCUCUGUCUCAAGCUCGACAAUGGUUCACACAAAUGUUUAACACCUAAAGAAUUUGAAAGCCUGUCCAAGUUGAGGUUCCUCAAAUUGGACAACGCAAAUAUCGAGGGAGAUUUCGCGAAUCUACUUCCCCAUUUAAGGUGGCUCGACUGGCGAGGGUGCCCCCCGACCUUUCAAGUCGAGAACUUGUGUCUAAAGAAUCUGGUGAUUCUUGAUUUAUCAUGGAGCAAGGUCACUCAAAAGUGGGGGGGUUGGAGUCAAAUCGAGAUGCCACGGUUGAAAGUUUUGAACCUCACAGGGUGUAAUGAAAUGCAGAUAACUCCCAACUUCUCUGGUUACCCACAGUUGGAGAUGUUGAUCCUCGAAAGCUGUUUUCAAUUGGUCAUGAUAGACCCUUCAAUUUGUCAUCUAAGAUUGUUGGUUUCCAUGAAUUUGAAAUCCUGUGGAAAUCUCAGUGUGUUGCCACAGGGAAUCGGUGACAUGGAAUCGCUGAAAGAGCUUCUCAUAGAUGGCACUUCCAUACAAGAAAUACCUGAAUCGAUAGCUUGUAUGAAGAAACUCGAAACUCUUAGUGCCUCCAAUUGCUACUCACUAACUAAGCUGCCCAAAUCCAUUUGCUUAGAAGCUCUUUCAAUGCUCUUGCUGGACAAUGCGAAGAUCCUCGAACUCCCCGAUUCAAUUGGAAGUUUGGUGAAACUUAAACGGUUGUCGUUGAGGGACUGCCAAGAGAUGGAGAAACUUCCAGGUUCUAUCGGCGAAUUAGGAUGCUCAUUGGUGGAGUUGGACAUAUCGAGGACGCUUAUUUCAGAACUGCCUGACUCCAUGAGAAACCUGCAGCUAUUGAGAGUUCUUAAGAUGGAGCGUUGUCAUGUGAGAAAGUUUCCUAGAGCCAUUGGCAGGCUAAGGAAGCUUGAAGAGAUCCAUGCCUCCCACUGUAGGAGUUUAAAGGGAAGCAUUCCUAGUGACAUUGGGAAUCUAAAAUUCCUGAAAAUAUUGAUGCUAGGAUAUAGUUGUGUUUCUAGCCUACCACCGUCAAUCCAGUCGCUAAGCCGUCUCCAGAUCCUUGAUUUACUUGCUUGCGACAACCUUGAAACAUUGCCGAUGCUUCCCUCAAGUUUGACUUGUCUGCGCAUAAGUUCAAAGAAGAUGAGCAUAAUACCAGAUCUUCAGAAUUUAGAUGAAUUGGAAGACUUGACCUUCGGGGAUGAGAAUCCCAAGGAGCUGAUAAUUCCUCCCUUGGAGUUUGACCCCGCAUCCAUUUUGACCGAGCCACAGUCGCUUUGGCCCGUAAGGUUUCCAAAGCUCAAGAGCUUUGAGUUGUCUCAUUCCCAACUCACCGAUUUGGGAUUUGAGUACGGCUCCACGUGCAAUUCUCAGCUCAAGGAAGUUGUCCUGAAGGGCGGGAAUCUUCGAGAAGUAUCAAGGCUUCCCCUAUCGUUGUCCGUCUUGUCGAUCCAAGCUUGUUUGUCGCUGCAGAGUUUGCCGACAGUUUGGAAAUUGGCUAACUUGUUGGAGCUAGAGCUCUUGAACUCGGCUGUCAAAGAGAUUAAAGGGCUUGGAGGGCUAACAAGUCUAGAGAUCCUGGUCGUGUCGUGUUGCCGCCAGAUAGUACAUCUCGAUGGCCUCUCCAAUUUGAUAUCAUUGAAGAGAUUGUCUCUCAAGAACUGCAAAACCCUCGCCAAUUUGCCCAGUGUAUCCAAGCUCACCAUGUUGAAAUGCCUGGAAAUCCAUCGAUGCCGGAGGAUCCGCGACAUCGAAGGCCUCGAGAAAUUGACAUCCUUGGAGGAGCUGCGCGUGAGUGAAUGUAACGCUGAAAGAUCAUCAAGAGUAACAGAUGCCCAGGAGAGAAUCAGAAGACGUUGGAGUGCAUCCCCUUGAGUGUAAUCAUGAUGUCAUAUGAUGUGUUU